AAAAGUAUCCAACUUAUCUUAAAGAUAUUGCCAAAGCAUUUAGAGAUGCUACCAUAAAAGUAGUAAAAGAAGAUAGUUUUGAAAAUCAUCAUUGGGGCUGUAAGACCAAUUGGGUUCAAGUUAAAAUAUUUUAUAGCCCUGAAGAUGAAGAUCCU